CAGCAGCAUCUGCUGCUGCUGCACGCUGCAGCUCCUGCCUGGGAGCCGGCUCUGCUGCCAGCACGCCUCUCUGAGGGCGCAGGUGCCUCACAUCCAAACUCCUAGGUGGUCAGUGGCACGUCCAGGAGCCAAGCAAGGCGGCUCUAUUCUUUUCUUUUCCUGCCAAGAGCACCUGUUUGAGGACUGCGCUUCUUUUCCUGGACUGAAAGCAUACUUGCCUCCUGCUGUGUGCCCUCCUCCUGGUGUCGGGCUGUGCCCUUAUGGAUGCCCCCAUACAGAUUUUCCGUGAGGAGCCAGACUCCACCUGCUCCCCAGGGCCCUGCCGGCCCCCCAGCACCAGCAGCAGCUGGCUCCUGGGCUGGCCAGACUAUGACACCAACGCCACUGGGGCCUUUGGGGACGGCCAGCACAACCACACCAGCAUCUCCCCCGCCAUUCCCAUCAUCAUCACUGCCGUCUACUCGGUGGUCUUCGUUGUGGGCUUGGUGGGAAACUCCUUGGUCAUGUUUGUCAUCAUAAGGUACACGAAGAUGAAGACAGCGACCAACAUCUACAUCUUCAACCUGGCUAUGGCAGAUGCACUUGUUACCACAACCAUGCCUUUCCAAAGCACCGAGUACCUGAUGAACUCCUGGCCCUUUGGUGAUGUGCUGUGUAAAAUAGUGAUUUCUAUUGACUAUUACAACAUGUUUACCAGCAUUUUCACGCUCACCAUGAUGAGUGUGGAUCGGUACAUUGCUGUGUGUCACCCUGUGAAGGCUCUGGACUUUCGUACACCUCUCAAAGCGAAGAUAAUCAACAUCUGUAUCUGGCUGCUGUCCUCAUCUGUUGGUAUAUCUGCAAUAGUUCUUGGAGGCACCAAAGUCAGGGAAGAUACUGCUAGCACUGAAUGCUCCUUGCAGUUUCCAGACAGAGAUUAUGUGUGGUGGGACAUCUUCAUGAAAAUCUGUGUCUUUGUCUUUGCGUUUGUUAUUCCAGUUCUCAUUAUAAUUGUUUGCUAUACUCUGAUGAUUCUGCGCCUGAAAAGCGUGCGGCUUCUCUCCGGCUCUCGGGAGAAAGACCGAAACCUGCGCCGCAUCACCAGGUUGGUGCUGGUGGUUGUGGCAGUCUUCAUCAUCUGCUGGACCCCAAUUCACAUUUUUGUGCUGGUGGAGGCCUUAGGGGACGUGUCCCACAGCACUGCUGCCAUAUCCAGCUAUUACUUCUGCAUUGCUCUGGGUUACACCAACAGCAGCCUCAACCCAAUCCUUUAUGCCUUUUUGGAUGAAAACUUCAAGAGAUGCUUCAAGGACUUCUGCUUCCCCUUCAAGAUGAGGAUGGACAGGCAGAGCACCAGCAGAGUCAGAAACACUGUGCAAGACCCAGCUUACAUGAGGGAGGCAGGUGGGGCAAACAAACCUGUAUGACUAGUCGUGGAAAUGUCCUCUUACUGUCCUCAGGAGAGGGAGGAGUCCAACGACCUGGGACUGACACAAAUUACCACUGCAGUUUGAAAUCGACUCACCCAGACAGACAUUUCUGGAAUAUUUCAGAAAUCCCAGCAGUUUGAACUAAAGCAAGUUUAUUAUUGAUAAACAAAAAUCUCCUGAAAAUCGGCUCAAAUGAAAAGGACCUGGUUGAUGGUCAGGUUUUGGCACCAUAUCUGCUGUACUUGAGCCAGCACUAAAACACACUUUUGCAGAGUGAAGAGAUAGUGUUGCACCAGGUGAUUCCGGAUAAGAAUAGUUCUCACUCUUCUCUUUACAAUAUGUAACAUUAUAAAAGGCAACAUUUGGUCAUAAAACUGAGCUAUACCAGAAACUUCUGCCCCAACAGUGAUUGCUUCUAAAGCACGGAGUUUGACUACUUGAUCCUCUUUAACAGUGAAGAGUGUUAGGUUUCUGUGAACAAUGCCACAGCUAUAAUCAAUAUUGUCCUCAAUUAAUAUAUCUGUAACCCUUGUUUGUGCUGUGAAAAUCCAAUUUGAGCAUGAUCUACCCACACACCAAAGUGAUUUUAUUGUGUCUGUGUAUGGUAAAGCCUUUUGGCAUUCAAAAAUACUGGAAUUUAAUGGGAAUUGUUAUCACAUGUUUAAUCACCUCUGUGUAAUGUUUUGUAUGUGUGAUUUUCCAAGAUGAUUGUUUCUUUAUUGAGUCUGAAUAAUAUAAUAUGUAUUUUCAGAGUGUAUAUUGAACAAGAGGCUAGAAAACUUCAAAUGCUUCACUUGUUACAAAAUUAAUGAAAAGUUGUGUUACAUUCAUUACAUGGAUGAAACACUCUCAUGUGUAACUUGUUUUCCUGGAUAAUAUGUAAGCAGACUGAAAUAAAUAUUUGACAAAUUAGAAAUAAGGGAAGGAGCACAUGAACUAGCUGGAUUGAUACAAUGGAAAUUAAAUAUUACUGGAUGCUUUAAUGGCAUUUGAUGGAAAAAGAUCCUGGUUUAUUGAUGCUGAUACAUUUUCUUUGAUACAGUCCUAUGAUUUCAGUAAUUUUCUCUGUUUUCCUGUGAAGAUGGAGGUGUCAAGGCACAGAUAAAUAAGUUACUAGGUUGCUGAAGGUAAGUUCAUGGUAAAAUGGAGCCUAACUUCCAGUCUAUAGACUUUUGUCUUCCUGAUGUUAUAUAUCACAACUCCCACUACUGCUGUUGCUGAAAUUUGGCUCUCAUUAUCUUCACCCUGAACACAUACACCAUACAUCUUGUUAAUUUUGUUCUUUAUA